AUGUGGAGGUUACAGAAUCAGAACCAGCCUGUAAGAGAGACUACAGCUGGCCCUGUUCCCCCCAGAGCCCCCUGUCUCUCCCUGGACUACAUCCUGAGGAUUUACUGCACACAGGACACACCACAAGCCCUGAAGGAGGUGUUGGAGUUGGAGAGGAGUCUAGGAGGGGUGUUGCUGGAGGACCCUAUACCCCUGUUGUUUAAAGACAGCUACCACAACCUGCGUCUGUCCAUCCAUGACAUCCCUCACUCACACUGGAGGAGCAAACUACUGGCCAAGUACCAGGAGAUUCCGUUCGACCAUAUCUGGAGUGGUAGUCAGAGACCCCUCCACUGUACCUUCAGCCUAGAGAGAGGCAGCCUGGCCGUGUCUCAGCUCACCUGUAAGAUCUGUGUCAGGCAGGUGGAAGGAGAGGGACAGAUCUUCCAGCUGCACACAGACAUACAGGAGACCCUCCCGCCCUGCUCCCCGCUCCCCUCCGGGGGUACCUGCCUGCCCUCCUCCCAGGUGGGGCCCUAUGCCUUCCAUCUGCCCCCCUCCAUACGACAGAAGAUCUGUGCCAGUCUGGACGCCCCCAGCGCCCGCGGCUGUGACUGGAGACUGCUGGCUCACAGCCUGGACUUCGACAGGUAUCUAAACUACUUUGCAACAAAGCCCAGCCCCACAGCUGUUCUGUUGGACCUAUGGGAGGCCUGUCACCAAGGUGACGCGGACCUGGUGUCCCUGGCGACAGCUCUCGAGGAGAUGGGCAAAAGUGAGAUGCUGGUUGUCAUGACGACAGACGGGGACUGCUGAUUAGUCAGGUGGGAAAAGGAGAGCGAGGAAAAAAGUGGGGAAGAAUCUCACUUAAAAAUAGAAAGAUAAAUACACCAAUACUUGCCUCUGGAUUAGCACAAGGAGACCCAGUACACACCGUCAUCAGCCUCCCUAUGCCCAACACACUCACCCCAGCCUGGGAUAGCUCUGCUACCCGCUGCCCAGGCUCACCUUGAGGCCUGCCUCCCUCUCCUGAAGGUGUAAAGUAUGUUGUGUGAAUUGUUUUGUUUUAACAGAUCAGAAACAAGCUGUUUAUUUAUACAUAAACAACCACUGCUUGAAGACCUUCAAAAAUAGAAUGCCAAGCACUCAUGCAAUCAAAGUGUGCACGCGCACGCGCACACACACACACACACACACACACACACACACACACACACACACACACACACACACACACACACACACACACACACACACACACACAGUAAGCGGCAGAUCUUUCUGUCUCAAACCCCUCAGGCUUCGGAUAUGCGGACAGACCAAAGACAGAGUCACAGACACAGUUACAGACAGAUACAGAGAGUCACAGACACACGGACGCUGGACACAGACGAACGCUGCUUUCCCUUUUACAACGACGCAGUCUUCAAUCUCUUGUAACGAUCGUUAUAACAAUCUUUUAUGAUGUUUUUUGUUUUUUUUACUUACAAGACAACAAACAAUCAUAUCAGGAAUUAUUCUCUCUAACCCAACGUUGAUUUUCCGUUUUUUAUUUCAUUCGUUUUGGGGAUCGAAUGGGGGAAAGAUGCUCUGUGUUCUUGCGAUCUACAGUAGCAGAGGGUUGGUGUUAAACUAUGUGGGUCUUGGGAUGGAUGGGGUGUGUGACUGACUAUCUGGUCCCCAGGUCUCUGUCUAGACAUACUAAACAUAUUAUAAUCCUCACUAUAAGACAUUCUAAAGUCUUGUACAUGCUAAUGUGUGGGUGGGUUGUCAGUCUAGACUGAUUGAUUCUUGAUACAAACGAACACCUCAAAGCCUUGGCAUAUCAUUGGCUGUGUCCCAAAUGGCACCC